GCAGUUCUUCCAGAAACUUCCAAGAGAAGACAUCAUCUCUGCGGAUCGGUGCCUACGCGGCAACAAAUGACCAGCGGUCACCUAACGGUUCUCCUUGGGAUGUUAUAGACCACGCAGUGUUGACGACAAGGUCUGGGGUCAUCGGAUUCGCCAUUCGGAACAAGAAGCAAAUUCUCGUUAACUUGCAGGCCUUCUUUAUGCUAGGUGCUUUGUAUGCGUUUGAGGUGUAUGCUGUUAAUUUUGUCGGGUAUGGAAUAUUCAACGGAGAUCCUCUGGCACCUGUGGGAAGUGAGGCAUACCAAAACUACCUACAAGGAAUAGAAGUCGGUUCCCAAGGCACACUGAUCUACUACUUAACAUUCACCAUCUGCACUUCCUUAAACCAGGUCCUGUUGUCUAAACUGGGUUGGAAACUGGAAAUGCUUGUGGCGUCCAUCAUCUACGUCAUUCUUAACUUGGUCUGUGCACUGACGGUCAGUCUGUACGCAUAUUAUGCCGCUGCAGUGUGGACAGGCUUAUACAGAACUGUUGUCAUGACUGUUCCCUAUAUUCUUGCAAAUAAGUUUGCUUUAGAAGAGGGAGGAAGAGACACGGGCGUCGCCAUAGCAAUGGUGGCGGCCAUGUUGCCGUGUGGGUUCAGUGUAUGUUCCGCUGUGAUGGGACCCCUCAUUGACGCUACGGGAAACGCCGCGACCCCGCUAUACUACACCGCUGCAGUGGGAUUUCUGGGCGUUAUAGUUACGUUGUUCUUAAAAACUGAUGAUUAG